AUGGAUUUACCUGUGAACUUAACUUCCUUUUCCCACUUGACUUCCUCUCCUCUGGAGACCAAUGGCAGCCUUGGCACAGAAGACCUGCUGCGCCCCAGCCCGCACCUGCUCUCUGUCUUCGGUGUGCUUGUUCUGACCUUGCUGGGCUUUCUGGUGGCGGCUACGUUCGCGUGGAACCUGCUGGUGCUGGCGACCAUCCUGCGUGUCCGCACCUUUCACCGCGUGCCACACAACCUGGUGGCGUCCAUGGCCGUCUCGGACAUGCUGGUGGCCGUGCUGGUCAUGCCUCUCAGCCUGGUGCAUGAGCUGUCUGGGCGUAGCUGGCAGCUGGGCCGGCGGCUGUGCCAGCUGUGGAUCGCGUGCGACGUGCUGUGCUGCACUGCCAGCAUCUGGAACGUGACGGCCAUCGCCCUGGACCGCUACUGGUCCAUCACCCGCCACCUGGAGUACACGCUCCGCGCUCGCCAGCGCGUCUCCAACGUGAUGAUUGCGCUCACCUGGGCACUGUCCGCUGUCAUUUCGCUGGCCCCGCUGCUUUUCGGCUGGGGGGAGACAUACUCUGAGGGCAGCGAGGAGUGUCAGGUCAGCCGCGAGCCCUCCUACACCGUGUUUUCCACGGUGGGCGCCUUCUACUUGCCGCUCUGCGUGGUGCUGUUCGUCUACUGGAAGAUCUACAAGGCUGCCAAGAUCCGCGUGGGCUCCAGGAAGACCAACAGCGUCUCGCCUGUAUCUGAAGCUGUGGAGGUGAAAGACUCUACUCUGCAGCCACAGAUGGUGUUCACGGUCCGCCAUGCCACUGUCACCUUCCAGACUGAAGGGGACUCAUGGAGAGAACAGAAAGAUCAGAGGGCAGCCCUCAUGGUGGGCAUCCUCAUCGGGGUGUUCGUGCUCUGCUGGAUUCCUUUCUUCAUCACGGAGCUCGUCAGUCCCCUCUGCUCCUGUGACAUCCCGGCCAUCUGGAAAAGCAUUUUCCUUUGGCUUGGCUACUCCAACUCCUUUUUUAACCCCCUGAUCUACACAGCCUUCAACAAGAACUACAAUAGUGCCUUCAAGAACUUCUUUUCCAGGCAACACUGA